AUGUUUGUAAGAAAUAAUCAUUCUAUCAAUACAAAACCUUUCAUAUUCUUUCUAGUUUUAUUUCUAAGUUUUCUUCUACAUUCUCUGUAUUGCUUCUUUCUUCUUCUUUCUGCGAUUCUGAUCUUCUUUGUUAAGAUAAAGACAUUGCACAUUGACAUCUUAGAAAUCUGAAAUCUUAGUUUCUACCAAAGCCUUGAAACUUGACUAUUACCAUUUCAUUAGCUGUACACUACAUGCUAAAAGCAAACACAUAUUACCGGCAAAACUGUUUGGGGUCGAAUCUAGCUAAGCUAGCACAUCAUUUCAUUCAGUUUUACUUUUGAACUUGGAGGCUCACAACACUUCGGAUAAUGGUUCCGGCCACCAGGAUGGGCUGGACCUAUGCCGUGUGGUGCCUGAGGCUACAAGCAGCGUUUCGAACCAUCUUAGCCUGCACCAUAGUCUACACCACCACCCUCUACGGUCCACAGCCUCUCAGGCGUUUAGUAGCCUACCCUGCAUACUCUUACCUCACCACAAUCCUCAUCGUCUCAGACGCGACGCUGGGGGAGGCACUGAGAGGCUUCUGGCAUGCGCUUUACGCUUGUAUUCAGGUGUUGAUCCUUUCAAUCCUGAGCCUCCAGCUAAUAGGGCCAGCGCACUUCAGUUACUUUGUAUCAUCCCUUGCAGUGGCUUUGUGCGCUUUUGUUGUGGCACUGCCGGGAGCAACCCACUUGAUGUCUAAGCGGAUUGCGUUCGGGCAGAUUGUGAUUGUGUAUGUAGGCACUGCCAUUCAUUGCGCAGAAGUUGAUGAGUUGGUACUUAUGCACCCGAUUCAGGUGUCAUUGAGUACUAUGCUUGGAGCCUCGGCAUCUGUUGGGGCUAUGUUGUUUCCCAACUUGUUUCUCUAUCAAAAGGCAUCUCUGGCGGCUGUGUUGUCUCCUUACCUUGCCUACGACGAGGUGAGACAAAUGUGCCAAAAAUAUGCCAAGAAUGCUAGGAAAAGGUUCGACUUGUAUUUAGAUGCAAUCUUGUCUCGGGACAGCUCUGCUGCACUUGACUUUAUUUUACAGGCCAAGCCCUUGGCUGAAGCAGGAGAAAAGCUCCUUCGAAGGAUCGAACAUAAACAGGAAGCCUUACUGUGGGAGAGACCAACAAUCAGAAGUAUCCUCAACCGUAGUCGCUUCUCUGUUCGAGAAAAAUUGCAGGAAGUUGAAAUACCCUUGAGAGGGAUUGCAAUAGCUGCAACUUCAUGCCCUUCCUUUCCUGUUGCCAUGAUUAAGAAACUGCAAAUGGACGCUUUACACGACAUGAAAAGGCAAAUACAUGACAAGCUUGAGCAACUCGAGCGCUUUGCACCUUUCUACACAAGAAACAAAAGGGAAAGAUCUUUGGAUGAGGCCUUCUGGUCCCUUGAAACCAUAUUUCCUGAAGAUUUAUUGGUUUUUUUUUUCAUUGAUUGUCUGAAAAUUCUCCAAGAAAAUACCGAGGCUGUUGAAGAAUGCAAGCAUGAGUGCUCCCGCAUCGAAAGCUCAAGAGGUUCACAAAAUCAAAGCAACUGUUGUACCAAAUGGAGCAGUAGACUUCUGUGCCUUAUACCAAGCAGAACAAGUCUACGAUUUGCACUUAAGUGUUCACUUUCAUUAGGCCUUGCAGUGCAGCUGGGUUUGCUGUUUAACAAGAGAGAAGCAUAUUGGGCAGGACUCACAAUUGCAAUAAGUUUUGUAAGGGGAAGACAAGCAACAUUCACUCUCGCAAAUGCUCGAGCGCAAUCUACGGCAAUGGGGUCAAUUUACGGGAUCUUGUGUUGCUUCAUAUUCAAGAAAGUCGAGGACUUGAGGUUCUUACCUCUUCUACCUUGGUUAGUUUUCACAAGCUUUCUGUGGCACAGCAGGAUGUAUGGUCAAGCUGGCGGAAUAUCAGCAGCUGUAGGGGCACUACUAAUACUCGGCAGGAAACAUUAUGGCCCUCCACUCGAUUUUGCGAUUGCUAGAAUCACAGAGGCUGUCAUUGGAUUGAUCAGUUUCAUCACCAUAGAGAUUCUCACAUCCCCUGCAAGAGCAGCAACUCUGGCAAAACUCAAACUUUUACUUGGACUGGGAUCCCUUCAAGAAUGCAUCAAAGAUUUAGUUCUUUUCGAAAACCAAAUCACUUUAGUUGGUCCCAAGUUGAGACAGAAACAGUACAAGUUGAAAUCUCAUGUCAACAAGUUAGAGAAGUUCAUUGAAGAAGCUCAGCUGGAGCCUAAUUUCUGGUUCAUCCCUUUCAAUGGUGCCUGUUAUGGCAAGCUCCUGAGAUCUUUAUCUAACACGGGGAAUCUUUCGAUUAUCAUGUCCAACAUAAUAGAAUCUCUAUCACUCGUAUUACAGCGCUUCAAACCUGAUUCGGAAGAACUCCAAAAGCCCAUGAAGGGCAUCGAGAAAGAUUUGGAGAUUUUCAAGAAAAAAAUUGGGAAUUCUCUGCAAUGCCUCCAAGAGCUGGCUUCCAAGAAGUCUCUUGCAGUUCAUGACAAACAUGACAUUGAGUCGGGAACAUUAUCAGCAAGAGAAAAUGGUUCCAGGGUUUUGGAUUCAGAGAAGGAAGAGACUGAAUGCAUUGUAGAUUCUUUUCUUCAAAAUUCCAAUGAAUUAUCCGACAAAAUUGGCACCAUGACUGGAUUAAUAGAGGAUCAUCAGAAGCUUAGAGUGCAAGUAACUGUUUGUUUGGGUGGAUUAGGGUUUUGCAUCAGCAGUCUGCUGAGGGAAGUAAAAGAGAUGGAAAGAGAGUUUCAAGAACUUAUCAAAUUGGAAGACCCUUCAAGCCAUGUAAUAGUAUGAAUACACACAUACUUUAAUAUGCUAAAACCUUUGACUUCCUACUAAGUUUAAUUAUUAGUUAGAGGUUUUUAAUUAUUUAAUUACAGAAAGGAUCUUGCUUCCAACUUCUAAUAUAUAUGCUUUCCCACUAA